AUGGCCAGUGAGUCCCACGACGCUGUGAACUUUAGCAGUGACGAAGGCCGAGCAUACGUGCACUCGCUAUUGCGCAGUCGGCUUCCGCACGAAAUCCACGACCACGUUCUCGAAGGGAUAUGCAAGGCUGUAGAUGGAAUCCAUGUUCUCUCCGUGCUCAAGACUGGUGGCGGGAAGACCAGCUACUUCUAUGGGUACAUGCAUAUGCUACAGGCGUUGGGAGGCAUCUCCCCGACACCUCGCUUCCUUCAUAGGAAGCUCCCCAAAAAUCCCACCAUGGUCAUCAUAUUUCCAACAAAAGGGCUCGAGGAAGAAAUGGAAUCAACAUUCCGCGCAUACGGGCUGUCUGCAUUGGCAAUAAAUGAAGAUACGCUUGCCGCCGCACAACGCUGUGGCGACGACCUCUGGAAGCAAGCCUGCUCUGGAUGUGUUUCAAUGAUCCUCGUUUCGCCUGAACAGCUAGUUUCUCGCAGCUUCAAUUGGCUACUUCAUACGAAAGCAUUCACUGACUCCCUUUGUGCAUUGGGCUUCGAUGAAAUGCAUCUAAUCACAGACUGGGGUGAUACAUCCUUUCGGAAGGCUUUUACGGAUAUUGGCCUCGUUCUAGCUCGCAUGAAAUCCACCACCACUCUUAUUGCUGUAACGGCCACUCUUCCCACUGCCGAUGUUAAUUGGAUUGUUCAUGUUCUUGGUCUUGUGCCAGGGUCGUAUUUCUUCACUCACCGUUUAAAUAUUUGCUCCGACAUCCAGUUCAUCACUCGCAUCUUACGCCAUGGUCUUGGAGGUUGGUCCUUUCCCGAUUUCGACUGGAUUGUGAAAACAAAGCGCAAAACCAUUGUCUACGCAGACACGGUUACGCUUGCACAUCGCCUAUUUGUCUACUUCUGGUCGCUCGCUCCCUCAUCUCACCAUGAUCGCUUUCAGAUGUAUUGUGCACCCUGCGCGUCUUCUUAUAAUAAGGAGACACGAGAUUUAUUUGAGCAUGAUCCCAAUCUGCAGGUAGUCCUAGCUACUGAUGCGCUCAAGGUUGGCAAUAAUUGGCCCAACGUGGCCGACGCAGUAAUUAUCAAUCCGAAGAAUCCAAACGACAUCAUACAGAAGGGGGGCCAUGUGGGCCGUCAGCCAGGACUUGUCCGGAACCCCUGUCCUCGCGCAAUUGUUUAUAUCCCAUCGAGCAUGGCCAAGCAUGCGGCCAGCAUCGUAGCAAGCCCUCGGCCAUCAGGGCAGAAGCUAGGUGGGAAAGCAGACGACCUUAUGACACUCGACAUGGCAUGGCUGCUUUUAGCAGAUUGUGUAACUGAUGUUCUCAACACCCUUUAUCACAAUCCCAUCUCUGACCCUCCUUGCUCUUGCCGCACCUGUCAAUCUCCUGUCUUGCCACCGUCGUCUUGUGUUUGUAGCGGUUGCUGUCCUGAGGAACCCCUGCCCAAGUUAUCUCGUCGAAUUUCGCCGCCGUCUAGCAAGCUGUCUCUCUCCAUCUUCCCAGACUGCAAGCGAGCAAUCGCUCGUGAGAAGCUUUGUGGUUUCCGCUGGGGCCUUUGGGAACGGGCUGACACACCGUUGCUUCAGCACAUGAGCCCGGCCGCCUUCCUCCCUGAUUCUCGCAUUGACUUCAUCCUCGACAAUAUCCACUGUAUCACCACAGCAUCGCAACUCCUUCCCUUCGUCCAAGACCUUCGGGUACUACAAGACCACCAGGACUCCUUGCUCACUCUUCUUCGGGAGAUUCGCAAACAAUUUGGGCUGCGUGUGGAAGUGGCAGACACUGGCAUGAAAGCUAAUAACAUUGAAUCGGUUAACACGACGCUACCUCAAUCUCAUGCCGUUGAUAAUUCAAGCACUUUGACUCGAGUUAGUGGCCAAUUUGUCAGAUUCCCACAAUCUGUGUACGAUCUUUUCUUUCAAAAUAUCAGAUGA